GCCAGAGCUGGGCCAAUCCAAGGCCAGGAGUUUCUUCCAGUCUCCUACGUGGAUGCAGGGACCCAAGCACUUGGGCCAUCUUCUACUGCUUUCCCAGGCCAUCAGAGCAGACAGCUGGAUAGGAAUUAGAGCAGCUGAGACUUGAACUGGCACCCACAAGGGAUGCCGCUGCCAAAGGCGGCACAGUUUAACCCACUAUGCCCCUGUGCUGCCUGCACUCUCUCUCUCUCUCUUUCUCUCUCUCUCUCUUUUUAGGCAAAGUUACAGAGAGAGAGAGAUCCUCCACCCGCUGGUUCAGUUGGACCUACAAUUAAUCAUUCCUUAAGUUGGAAAAAGCUCGGAUACUAUUGUUAACAGUCACAUAAGGAGUUCCAUUAUACAUGCACAUCUCUGUAUUAUCAAGUGGGUAAAAUUUUUAAAAUGGCACCAUGGGGGUGGUGUAGUGGGUUAACCCACUACCUACAAUGCCAGCAUCCCAUAUGGGUGCAGGUUUGAGUCUCAGCUGACCCAUUUCCCAUCCAGCUCCCUGCUAAUACACCUGGGAGAGCAGCAGCAGAUCACCCAAGUCCUCGGGCCACUGCACUCACAUGGGAGACCUUGAUGAAGCUCUUGGCUCCUGGCUUCAGCCUGGCCCAGCCCCAGCUAUUGUGGCCAUUUGGGGAGUGAAUCAGAAAUUGGAAUCUCUGUGUCUCCUCCUUGUUGCUGUGGAUUCGUUCUGAGAGGAGGAGCGCAGUGGGGGCAAGAGGCGCGGAGUCAUCACACAGACCCUGGGAGUCCGGUGAAAGCGGGCCAGAGGUGAGCAGCCUACAGACUCGUUUAUUUCAGUUGGUACAGCAGCUUAUAUAACCGAGGCAGCCAAUCCACUCAAGGGGCGGUUUAUGCCCUAACCAACCACAGCCUGUUGCCAGGCAGUUUCUGAAGCCAUCCAAUCACAGCCUGUUGCCAGGUAGGCUCUUUUGCCAGCUGCCAUCUUGGCAUGGCCUUCUCAUUCCACCACACCUCCUCUCUCUUUCUGUAACUCUGCCUUUCAAAUAAAUUAAUUAAUAAAAUUAAUCUUUUUUAAAAGUUCCUAAGAACCCCCUCUUAUUUAUUUUUUAAAGAUUUAUUUAUUUAUUUGAGAGGCAGAGGCAAAGAGAGAGGGAGAGAGAGAAAGUCUUCCAACCACUGGUUGAUUCCCCAAAUGGCAGCUACAGCCAGAGCCAGGCCAACCAGGAGCCAGGAGUGUCUUCCAGGUCUCCCAUGCAGGUGCAGGGGCCCAAGCACUUGGGCCACCUUCUACUACUUUUCCAGGCCAAAGCAGAGAGCUGGAUCAGAAGUGGGGCAGCUGAGACUUGAACUGGAGCCCAUAAGGGAUACCAGCACUGCAGACGGUGGCCUUACCAGCUACACCACAAUACCAGCUCCCUAAAAACCUCUUUAAAAAAAAUAAAUUAAAUAAUGCUACUCUGUUUAAAGUUGCUGGGAAGCACCAUUUUGUCAUUUUAUAAGGUCCAAAUUUUGUCUCAAAUACUGUCUUAUUUAAAUUCUAUUCUCGUUGGUCAGAUAAUUUUUAGUAGAUUUUCAACUAGAUAGUCUACAGCAUUACUUUUUAGAAAACAAAUAAAUGAGGGGUUGGCAAACAGCAAAAUGGAUUAAACCGCUGUCUGUGAUGCUGGCAUCCCAUAUGAACAAUAUGGGUUCAUAUUGGCCCAAGCACUUGGGCCCCUGCACCCACGUGGAAGACCCAGAAGAAGUUCCUGGCUCCUGCCUUCAGCCUGGCCCAGCCCUGGCCAGUGUAACCAUUUGGGGAGUGAACCAGCAGUUGGAAGAUCUCUCUCUCUCUCUCUCUCCCCCCCCCCACCCUGUAACUCUGCCUUUCAAAUAAAAUAAAUAAAUAAAAAUGUUAAGAAGAAAAAUUUUCUCAUCUUUUAUGAAUGAUAAAACUACACAAAUAGGGGCCGGCACUGUGGCUCACUUGUUAAUCCUCCGCCUGCAGCACCAGCAUCCCGUAUGGGCACCAGUUCUAGUCCCAGUUGCUCCUCUUCCAGUCCAGCUCUCUGCUGUGGCCCGGGAAGGCAGUGGAGGAUGGCCCAGGUGUUCAGGCGCCUGCACCCGUGUGGGAGACUAGGAGGAAGCUCCUGGCUCCUGGCUUUGGAUCGGCGCAGUGCCGGCCGUAGUGGCCAUUUAGGGGGUGAACCAACGGAACGAAGACCUUUCUCUCUGUCUCUCUCUCACUGUCUAACUCUAUCUGUCAAAUAAAAAAAAAAAAAAAAACUACACAAAUAAAGAUUAAGGGGCAGACAUUUGGCUCGGUGGUUCAGAUGCUGCUUGGGACUCCAGCAUUCCAUGUCAGAGUGACUGGGUUCAGUCCCUGCUACACUUCCAAUGCCAGCUUCAUACUAAUGUGUACCCAGAAAGGCAGCAGGUGAUGGCUCGGAGAGUCACUGACACCCACGCAGGAAUUCCCCACUCCCAGCUUUGACCUGGCCCAGCCCCAGCGGUUGUAGCACUUGAGGAGUGAACCAUCAAAUGGGAGAUCUCUGUCUCUCUGCUUUUCAAAUAAGUAAAAAUAAAUAGUAAAUUGUACAUAAUAAAAAUAAACAAAGGUUAAGCAUGUGUUAUCCAAAUUAUUUAAAAUGAGGCUAGGUUGAAUUGAGAGAGGUAAGUGUAAACCAGAAACCAGAUUCUGAAGAUUCAGGACAGAACAAAGGCUAUAAAAUAUUCCAUUAGCAACUUUUCUAUCAAUUACAUCUUCAUAUGAUAUUCUGGAUAUAUUUGGUUAACUAAACUAUAAUUAUUAAAGUUAAUUUUGCCUUUUUCCUUUCAUCAUUUUAUAAUGGAUACUAGAAAUUUUUAAAUGCCCUAUUUGGCAUCAAGGAUUUCCAUGGGUCAGUGCUGGAUUAAAAAGCAUUCCAGGCACCAGCAUUUAACGUCUGUCCCAUAUCGGAGAGCCCAGGUCUGACGCCUGGCUCCAGCUUCCCACUCACGCGGCCCCUGGGAGGCAGCUAUGACGGUUCAAGGAGUUGGGUUCCAGCCACUCGCCAGGAGACAGGGACUGUGUUCCUGGCUACUGGCGCCAGCCUGGCCCGGCUCCGGUUGUUUAGGGCAUUUGGAGAUUGAAUCAGCAGAUGAGAGUUCUCUUUAGGUUUCUCAAUUAAAAAAAAAAAAACAAAAAACAAAACAAAAACAAAAAAACAAAUCAAUGAAUAAAAAUAAGAGUAUUUUUUUAAAAGUGUGAAGGAAGUAGCAUGCACAAAAGGAGCCAACCAGUUUUUGCAUUCGUGUCCACUGGGGAAAGCUUUCCCCCAGUGAUCAGGGUAAACAUCUACGCGAUGACAGCUCUGCCAUGUUCUCCAAGUUCUGCCCUGCAGUACCGGCACCGUGUUGAUAAGAACCACAGGAAAAGGCAUUUCCUCGGCAGAAGAAAUUCUCGGAGGGACUUUUCACUACUUGGAAACGCAGAGCUGGAAUAACCUAUCAAGAACAAGGAAGGCACAGAUCUCCUCUGUGGGCAGGAUCCCGGUCCUGGUCCCUCUCAGCUGGCCACCCGUCUCUGCAGUAGGGGUGAUCGCUUACAGCUGGCAGGCCAGAGCCAAAGGCCACCCACGAGGUCAUUACAUAAUGCUUGGUAGCUGCGGCCACGUGUGUGCCGGCUCUGGGGGCCCGGUCCCAGCUCCGACAGGCAGAGCCAGCGCUCAGGGCGACCAGCGCGCAGAGUGUGUGCUCAGGCUGUUUGUUUGGAAAAAGCCUGCCUGGCUCUGUCCCCCUCCAGCCUCUCUCUCUCUCUUCCUCCCCCCCCCCCCCUUCCUUCUAAACACUCUGGCAUAAUGCUGAAUGACUUUGUUUUUAAGCUGCCUUAGCCUUGCUUUGGGAAGAAAAAGCCGGCAUAGCCUUGCCCUGUAGGCGCACGCUGUUAUUUUUGGAGCAGAGGUUCUAAGCCUGAUCUCUGUCUAAACCAAUUUCUGUUCCCAGGGAGGUCGCGGUGUGCGACUGCCCUCCCUCCACGGAGGGCGCCCUGAGACGUGGGGGGCCUGGCCCUCCCGCCCUCGGCACGCAUCCGCAGGCUCCUGGCCACUCAGAGUCCCCGCAUUAGACCGUGCCCUUGGAACAGUCGCGGCCGCAUGCCGCGGAGCAGCGGGCGCUCUGUCCCGGGGAGCAUGGAAAAUUCUUGCUCCAGUCGGAGCCGCACAUGCCAGACGACUCCCUCCACCUCUCUUUCAGGAACACGGCUGAAUAGUAUGUUUCGGAUCAGGACUAAUGCUGUUCUUUCUUUCCUGUAACUCAUGGGACGUCAGGUGGGACUGCUCAGGGUUAAGGAAGCCACCAUGGGAGGGUGUCUGUAGGCUGCUCACGGUGCACCAGCAGGGCAGAGCCACAGCCCGCUCUGAGCACCGCCCCUGGAGCCCCCAGGGACCCUGACACCACUUCUCAGGAGCCCCCAUGGAGAGCAUCCUCGGCUGUAACUCGCUCCAGGGUUGGGCUGCUGGACCCAAGGAGGAAAUCUCCAGUGUCUCACAGCUCCUCUUCCCGACUUGUUAACUCCUUGGAGUUUGCAUAACGUGUGCCUGGUAGGAAACACGUCACAUUACAAAGAGUUCAAAACACUGCUUUCAGGGUGGCCAGUCAACCUAGUGGUUAACACACCACAUCUGCACAUCACAGGUCCCAGGUUCUGAGCCGGCUCCCACACCUCACUCCAGCUUCCUGCUAACACCACUGGCGAGCAGGGGUGGCAACUCAAUUAAUGGGAUCCCUGCCACGCAUGUGGGAGACCUGGAUUGAGUUGCUGGGACUGUUUCCCACUGGCCCCGUGUGGGCCCUGUGUUCAUUUGAGGAAUGAAACAGCAGACAGCAUCUCUCUCUCUCUCUCUCCCUUCCCCUCUCCCCUUUCUUUCUGUUUCCCUCUCUCAAUCAUCUCUCCAUUAUCCAUUUCUUUGCCUCUCAAGUACAUAAAUAAAGAAAAUUUUUAAAAUUAAAAUUAAAAAAACACUGCUUUCACAAAAAUAAGACCCCACCUUAUCAUUGCUCCCUCCCUUUGAGACAGGUAGCUGAACAUUCCAGGACAGGUGUGCGUGGAGGAGGCCCACACCAUGAGUGGGCGGAGCAGGAGGCAGGAGCCCGGGUGGGAGCCCGGGGCAGGGGCUGCAGUGGCUGCAGUGGCUUUGGCCUUGGCAGAUGAGAGGUGAGCGGUCAGGUGCCAGUGGCAGGCGGCUAUACAUAGCCAGCCAAAGCUUCUUAGAACAGAAACCUGCUUCCCACCAUCCCCCGGUCCCACUCGCAGCCCCCGCAGUAAAUCCCCUGGGGGCCCGCUCACCCUUUGGAAGGAGGGCAGCCAGCCGGUGGCCACACCUGACGGCCGACAGCCCUCGCCCUUGCUCUGCCUGCCUGGGGACCGCCGGGGGGCCCAGCCAUGGUCGACAUGGGGGGCCUGGACAACCUCAUCGCCAACACGGCCUACCUGCAGGCCCGGAACACUUCGGAAGUUGACAGCCGCGAGCUGCAGCGGCGGCGCCGGAGCCUGGCGCUGCCCGGCCCGCAGGCCUGCGCCGAGCUCCGCCGGGAGCUGCCCGCACACUUCCACAGCCUCUGCGAGCAGCAGCCCAUUGGCCGCCGCCUCUUCCGCGACUUCCUGGCCACGGUGCCGGCGUACCGCGAGGCCACGGCCUUCCUGGAAGAGGUGCAGAGCUGGGAGCUGGCCGAGGAGGGGCCGGCCAAGGGCAGCGCGCUGCAGGGGCUGGUGGCCGCCUGUGCCCAAGGCCUGGCCCCAGGGCAGCCGCUGGCCUUCCUUAGCCCAGCUCUGGCCGCCAAGAGCCAAGCGGCUACCACAGAGGAGGAGCAGGCCGCCGUGGUGACGCUGGCGCAGGCAGAGACCAUGGCCUUCCUGCAGGAGCAGCCCUUCCGCGAGUUUCUGGCCAGCCCCUUCUACGAGAAGUUUCUGCAGUGGAAACUCUUUGAGAUGCAGCCGGUGUCAGAGAAGUACUUCACGGAGUUCCGGGUGCUGGGCAAAGGGGGUUUCGGGGAGGUCUGCGCCGUCCAGGUGAAGAACACCGGUAAGAUGUAUGCUUGUAAAAAACUGGACAAGAAGCGGCUGAAGAAGAAAAAUGGUGAGAAGAUGGCUCUCUUAGAAAAGGAGAUCUUGGAGAAAGUGAGCAGCCCUUUCAUCGUCUCCCUGGCCUAUGCCUUUGAGAGCAAGACCCAUCUCUGCCUGGUCAUGAGUCUGAUGAACGGGGGAGACCUCAAGUUCCACAUCUACAGUGUAGGCUCACGGGGCCUGGCCAUGGAGCGGGUGGUCUUCUACUCAGCCCAGAUGACCUGCGGAGUGCUGCACCUCCACACCCUUGGCAUCGUCUACCGGGACAUGAAGCCAGAGAACGUGCUGCUGGAUGACCUUGGCAACUGCAGGCUGUCCGACCUGGGGCUGGCCGUGCAGGUGCAAGACGACAAGCCCAUCACGCAGAGGGCUGGAACCAAUGGUUACAUGGCUCCCGAGAUCCUUAUGGAAAAGGUGAGUUAUUCCUACCCUGUGGACUGGUUUGCGAUGGGAUGCAGUAUUUAUGAAAUGGUUGCUGGACGAACCCCAUUCAAAGAUUACAAGGAAAAGAUCAGCAAAGAAGACCUAAAGCAAAGAACCCUGAAAGAAGAGGUUGUAUUCCAACAUGAUGGCUUCACAGAGGAAGCAAAAGAUAUCUGCAGGCUCUUCCUGGCUAAGAAGCCGGAGCAGCGCUUAGGAAGCAGAGAAAAGUCUGAUGAUCCCAGGAAACACCCUUUCUUCCAAACCAUCAACUUUCCCCGCCUGGAGGCCGGCCUGGUUGAACCCCCAUUUGUGCCAGACCCUUCGGUAGUUUAUGCCAAAGACAUCGAUGAAAUUGAAGAUUUCUCUGAGGUUCGGGGGGUAGAAUUUGAUGACAAAGAUAAGAAGUUCUUCCAAAGAUUUGCAACUGGGGCUGUCCCCAUCGCAUGGCAGGAAGAAAUUAUAGAAACAGGACUGUUUGAGGAACUGAAUGACCCCAACAGGCCUGUGGGUUAUGGGAAGGGUAACUCCUCCAAGUCCGGGGUGUGUGUGUUAUUGUGAAGAACCCCCUCCGCCAGACCCCCUGACACAAUGCUGCAAUGCUCCUCACACAGUUGAAUGCAGCCUGACCACUUAAAAUGGACAUUUCUACUACAGAGCGAUGCAAAGGGCAGGCAAGCUCGCGAUGGGGACAUGGUUUCCUUUCUUUUCCUUUUUGUUCCUUAAAGAUGAGUGAAAUGUCCGUUUUCACUGAAGGCUAGGAAAGGAACCCUCGGGUUUAUUUUGAUAAGCUAAAAUCACGAGCCCUCCACCGUCACGUCCCUGUGAAUUACGCAAAGUCCUAGCAGCAGAGAAUGGAACUUUGUGGUGGACCCAGAAAAUGAGCAUUUGCAAUUCUUAGUAAAUAAUCAUUUUAGCUUUUCUUUGUUUAUAGUCUUUCUUCCCUUAAUCUGGCGGUAUUUCUCCUGCUUCUGUUCUUAUAAAAAGGAUUGGGAUGUUCCCAGUGCUCUUCCCCUUAAAAGGGAAUGGGUUGUAAUGAUUUGGCACUAAUUCAGAUUACAGAAUAAUUUUCAAUUUCACUGAUAGUUUCUUUUUUAUUUUUUUAGAAGUAAUGUACUAUCAUAACAUUAAAGUGCUUUAAAGGUAAAUAUCCACGAGGUCUGUGAAUUAAAGUACUCAGCUGAGUUCUCUAAUACACUAUGCCACAAAGUGCUGACUCAUGAAAUUCCUUCCAUCAUCGGUCCUCAAAUGUUGCUGAGCUUCGUAAUCACCUAGAGAUGUUUUACAAAUACUCAUACCUGGCCCCCACCCCUGGGUCUUUUGAUCCCCACCUCCAGCUUGGACAUUUAGAUUUUCAAAAGCUCCCCAGAUGGGGGCCAGCAUUGAAGUACAGUGGGUAAAGUCUCUGCUCGCAAAGCUGGCAUCCCAUAUGAGUGCCAGUUCAAGUCCUGGCCACUCCACUUCUGAUCCAGCUUCUUGCUAAUGUGCCUCAGAAGGCAACAGAAGAUGGCUAAGUGCUUGGGUCCCUGCCACCCAUGUGGGAGACCAGGAUGGAAUUCUAGGCCCCUGGCUUUGGCCUGGCCAUUGCAGCCAUCUGGGGAAUGAACCAGUGAAUGAAAGAUCUCUUUCUCUCUGUCUCUCCUUCUCUCUCACUCUGCCUUUCAAAUAAAUAAAAUAAGUCUUUUAAAUUAAAAAGUUUAUCAGAUGAUUCUAAUGUGCACAAGAUUUAAUCAGCACUGCCAUGGACAUUUCAGUGUCAUUACAGAUAGAUAAUGAUUGUGAUUUCUUAAAACUUCACACAAUUUGACAGCAAUUUUUCAAAUAUCCUAAAAAGCACGUAAUUUGGAUACUGCAGUGCAUGUGAAACAAAAUAAUCUGUACUCAUUUUUUAGAUUCUUUUGUCUUUGCAUCUUUUAGGUCAUCACAUAUUUUAGGAGGCAGAUCUCAUGACUAUUUCAAGGCUCAUAGGAGACAUGUGGGCUUAGAAAUUGAAUUGCACAAAUGGUGGCCCUCAUUACAACCGGCCAGCCAGCACUGUGUUGUAGUUAGUGUGUCUCCAAAGCACAAGUGAAUUGAGAAUUCUAAAGCUACAAACAUUAUUUGGGACACAAAUAUAAAUCCGGGUGAUAUAAACAAUAUAUGUGUGCAAAGGAACUCUUACUCACCCCAGUGUGAAAAAUGAUUUCAGUCAAAUGGCUGAAGUCAUUUUUAAAGUUUUGUCCCUUGAGGACAGAAUACAAGAAUUGCAAAAACACUGGCCAGAGAUAUUUUAGUUUCCUGGAAUCCAGCUAACAGUAACCCGCAACUACACAGUAUUAACCGUAUCUGGAACAAGUAAGGAGAGAGCUUCUGGGAGUGGAGUCCUGGCUCAUAUGGCACAGGCUGCCCACGCUACUUCUCCUUCCUCCUCAGCAUGAUCCCCGAUUUUCCGAAUCCUAAUCCGGGUACACCUGCAACAUCCUGAGUCACCAAGGUGGAUAGAGGUUAUGUGUCCAAAAGCUCGUUUUUCCUAAGGCAAGGAAGUAGAUAAAAAUUUGAUAGAUUUCUAACAAGUCUAUUUUAACAAAAAAUAAAAAAAAAGUUGACUAAUAAUGAACAAAUCCAGUUAAUCUGACCUAGUAAUGGAGUUCUUAGGAUGUGGCUUUAUAAACAUUACACUUUUAAAAAGCAGUGUCUUGUUUGUUUGUCAAUUGUGUCUUAAUAAAGCCAGAAGGAGGAGGGUGAACACACUUGCUGUGAGAUGGACAUGAACCGUGGGGAUCAAGGGUGGGAUGCUAUGGUUUGGACAUG